AUGUGGAACAAUAGCAAAGAAUCUCUCCAGUAUAUAGAUCUUUCUCACAAUCUUUUAACGGGCUUCGAAAACAACCAGACCGAUCUUCCUUUGCCGAACUUGAAGUACCUUGACGUUAGUUCUAACUUGCUGGAAACAACCCUCCCUAUCCCACCUCCCUCAGUCAUGAUAUACAACAUCUCCAGCAAUUUCCUAUCUGGGGAAGUUCCAACAUCCAUUUGUCAAGUGAGCUCUCUUGCCGUGCUCGAUUUGUCCAACAAUGCUCUGAAUGGCACACUUCCUCCUUGUCUGGGCAGUGUUGCUCCUUUGAUUUAUUUGAACCUCGCGAGAAAUAAAUUCAGCGGCAUGAUUCCUCGUGUUUACCCCGAUGGUUGUGCAUUGAAGAUGAUCGACCUCAGAGAAAACCGACUAGGAGGGACUGUUCCGAGAUCUUUAGGAAAUUGCGGAGCACUGGAGUACUUAAAUCUUGGUAGCAACGAAAUUAAUGAUACAUUCCCAAUUUGGCUGUCGGAAUUGGCCUACCUAAAAGUUAUUGGCUUGCAGUCCAAUAAGUUCCAUGGUCCCAUAGAAGGUCAUCUAAGCCAGCUUAACUUCACCAGUUUACAAAUCCUAAACCUUUCCAACAACAGCUUCAAUGGUAAACUUCCUUCCAAGUUGUUGCAGAGUAGCCGCGCCAUGAAGGUUAUCGUCGGUCAAGAUAAGCUGGCAUACAUGAAUAUUUAUCAACGGCUUGAUCUGUCUAUUGCUUCAUUCCGCGCAAAUAUGACUUUUGAGAUAACAUUGAUGAAUAAGGGCACCGAAAAGGGAAUAUCUGAAGAUUCCAGAUAA